GUUAGGCGCGGCUAAACCGUGACGCGAUAGAACUCAGGAGAUUUUCCAGGCCAACUGCGACAAUUUUAUUGAUCGCCAUCGGUUUCAAAGCAGCGUUUCCCAUCUAUCUGGACUUAACGUAUCUGCUUUUUGUUUACAAACGUAUCACACCAUGCGAUUCCACAGCUGUUGAAUUUUCACCUUUCUUGAUCCUAACUCGCUACGGAAAUCUGCUCUUUUCUGGAGCGAAAUCUCGACCUCCAAGCAUCCUGAGCUAUUACUCGGCCGUCUCUAAACCACCUCCCAUUACCUGACCUUCCACAUCCUUCACAAUGCCAGCAGAGUACGCCAAAAAGACAAACGCGGAGCUCAUUGAGAUCCUCAAAUCUCGUUCUCUGCCCCACACCGGGAAGAAGGCAGACCUCAUCGCUCGACUCCAGGAAGCAGAUAAAGCAGACGCCGAAAGAGCGGCCGCCGCUGCGCCCGUGAAACCAACUGCGAUUGAGGAUGUAAUCGAUUGGGAUGACGAUGCGGCGCUUGCUGAACCUGUCGUACCUGCGAAACCGGACGCCAGCACGGCAACUGCAGCUCCAAUAAACCAGGUUCCCAAUCCCACUGCGGUACCAAACCAGAAGGUCGAUAUUGAUCCAUCCACAACUCACGAUCUCAAAGUUGUGAGAAGCGAAGACAAGGCGGAGACUGCCAGCGCGGCAGCUGGCGGAGAUAAAGCUGCUGUCGCGGUGCAAGUUAACGGCACCGAGGUGCAAGCAAGAGAGAAACCAGCAGUCGAUUACAGCAUAGGGCUAUCAGCCACCGAUCUGGAAAUUGAACUUGCCAAAAGGAAAGCUCGUGCAGAGAAGUUCGGGAUAGUGGAGGAUUCAUCAACUGCACUGGAGCAAGCGAAGAAAGCUGUUGAAAGGGCGAAACGAUUUGGGACAGUUACGGAAGACGCAUCGAUUGUCAAGGGUUUGGAUGAGGCCCUGCCGGAGCGCUCAAGGAAGCGGGAGCGUGGUGAUGAAGGUGGAAGUGGCCGUGGUGGGAAGCGCCGCGACUUCAGACGGGGCAGGAGUCACAUGGGGAGAGCGGGGGGACGUCGAGGACCUGCUCCCCGACAAAGCAAUGGUGGAAACGGCAAUUCCUGGAGCGAGCAAGAUCGUAUCGCGUUGGAAAGGAGGAAAAACCGAUUCGGUUAGGGUAUAGGUGACAGGCUUCUAAAUCGGCUUUCUCGGUCUUCUUUUCUCGAAUAUGUGUUUCUAUCGUUCACGGGUUAUUUUCCUUUUUCAGAUUCAGUUGUCUAACUUUUUCUGAUUUGUUGUAUCUUUUGUGAUCAGUGACUUGGGAGUUUGCUGGCCUGGGAUUUCCUCUGCUAUUACUUUGUUGUUAAUUGUUGCAUUGUAAGUCAAAGAGGAAUAUAUAUUUUCUCUGUUGUACCCUGCCUUAUUUUCAUUUAUAUUUCUUUGUUCCUGUCCCUGGCAGUGAUUUGUGCUGUUAAAUACAUAUGCUAUCUGGCCAGGCUUAAUUGUGCUUGUUGCUAGACUAUUGACAGAAGCCAGUUGGGAAACCUGACAAAAGGAAAGCUAGGCACUCUAUAGCCUAUGUAUGUACCUAGGUAUGUUCACCAAUACUUAGAAAGGAAACAUAUGUUACAUUCUUGCACAGGCCCCAUAAUAUCAAUGGAGGAUACGAUUGUUCUGUCUUGAAAGUUUUUAUCACAUACAUGACAUACUUAUAACUAGAGGGCUUAAUUUACUCUUAAUCAAAAGCGUCCCUUGAAAAACACAAUGAUUGACAGUCACAGACUCAGUUAGCAUCUCACUUAAUCUCUGUUCCUGUCAUGCAGGCUUUCUAUUAUUAGUUUGUGUGUUGUGGAAAAAAGGGUUUAGAGUCAAGAGCUCUCGAUUAAAAUAUCUACUAAAACUAAUAGUCCGUACGGAGUAACAUGGAAGGAAGUCAGCCUUGUAGCCCUUGUGUGGGAGAUAAAAAUACAAAUCAGCCUAUGGAUCUGGCGUUAUGGACUUCGUAAGACCUUAAUAAUUAGACAGCAUGAAGUUGGUUCUUUUUAACCAGUGGAUUCUCACCAAUAUUUAGUUACUCUGUCAAGCGUGUGGAUCGACCCAGCAUACGCGCCCAGCGGACGAGUUUGGAUUAGUGACUCGAGGGGAUUAAUUCUUAGCGUGGUUUGCUGUGGAAUCGUGAUAGGAAGAAUAAUAGAGAAAAUCACGGGGGCUUGCCGUCC